AUGGAAGGGACACCAGCACAUCUCGACCCAGCCAACUUCCCGCAGCGCCUGGCACAUCCCAAGUCCAACAUCCGGGUCGAGCUGACCUACAGCCCUCUGGCGCCCUCAGAGUAUACAGCCCACGUCCGGUCGCCUCAUGCCGGCGCCAACGUCCUCUUCCUGGGCACGACGCGGUCCUCCUUUGCGGACAGGCCGGUUACGCGGUUAGCGUACUCGAGCUAUGCGCCCAUGGCCCUGGCCACGAUGAUGGCCGUCGCCGAAGAGGCUGCGGGGAAACACGGCUUGGUGGGAGUGAGUAUCGCCCACAGACUGGGCGAGGUGGCCGUGGGGGAGGAGAGCAUCGCCGUUGCAGUGAGUGCGGCACAUCGAGGGCCGGCGUGGCGUGCGGCGGAGGAGAUUCUCGAGAAGUGCAAGGAGAAGGUCGAGAUAUGGAAGAGAGAAGACUUUGCGGACGGCUUGCCUGCCGAAUGGAGGGCCAACCGAGACCGGGACGCUGAUGGCAACCCGGCUGAAUAG